AUGAAACUGUCAUAUAAAAUAACGCAGCUAAGGCGCUCACGUACUCGGCGGUGCCUUAGAAAACCGUAUGAUGAUGAAUUUGUUAAGGAAAUCGGUGCAAUAGCUGCUCUGAAGGAAGUAGCGUCAAGCCCAGAUGAAGUAGCAGCGAAAUUCGCCAGCGAAGCGCUUACAGUAAUUGGUGAGGAAGUACCAUACAAACUUACGCAACAAGUUCCGUGCUGGACAAUUGCUGAUGUGCAGUACUGGGUCAAAAAGAUUGGCUUUGAGUCGUACGCGGAAGCAUUUGCAAAGCAUAUGGUUGACGGUGACUUACUGCUUUUGCUCACCGAGAAAGAGCUCGAGCAAGACUUGCAAAUGACUUCAGCCCUCCUGCGAAAACGCUUCAUCCGCGAGCUUGAAAGUCUAAAAAUAGCCGCUGAUUAUGCAAGCGUAGACGAGAGUCAGCUGGACCAAUUUCUGAUGUCGUUGAGCCCCGAAUUAUCGGUUUACACGUACCAAAUGCUUGGAAUGGGCCUUAAUCGUAGCCUUUUGCCUUCGCUCACCGAUGAAAUGAUGAAGACC